GAUUUUUGGGGACGGGCAGACCGACAGCUCAGCAGUCCGAUGGCGGGCAUCCCGGACCUCACUAAGUAGCUGACCAACAGUGACCAACAGCGAGCAAGAGUGACCCGGAAGGACCACGUUCGUCCACUGAAGAAGAGGCACGACGUCACAAUCACCUUUGUCGCUUCUAGCUCAAUCUGUCCAUUUCUUCCUUUUACACUACGAGUCAUCCAUCCUCAACCGGCUCUUUGCGCGCGCGCUAUCGAGACAGCAACACAAUACAAACUAGCGAAUAACGACACCCACCUGAACCAAGGAACGAGCAGACAGACAAAAGCCAUGACAGAGGGAGUUGAGGUUUCGCCCGCGGAUGCGGCAGAGGCGCGCGCCCUCGAACAGGCUCGCAUUCGCAAGGAACGUCGUGAGGCCAAGAUCAAGGCCAAUGCCGGAAACCGUCUAAAUAGGAUCACAGGAUUGGGAGGCGGUGUUGAAAGAGACCCUGCUCCUACGGCGCCAGUAGCCAGCAGCAGCAACGAUGACCAAACAUCGCCAGCCCCGACCUCCACCUCCGCACCCCGAGUCCAUGCCGACCCCGAAGAAGUUGACAUCUCCGCUUCGGAACACUACUACCAACCAACCACCACUCCACGAAUCCCCAAGCAGCAGCAGCAGCCACAGCCUACACAAGGCCUUUCCCCUUUCGACCCGAACGGCCUUUCCGAAGAGAGCCUUCGCCAGAUGAUGCUCGGCCGUGACCCCGCCAUGGGUCCCGGUGGUGCAGGCGGCGACCCCUUUGCCAGUCUACUAGGAGGAGGUCCAGGCGGUCCUGGCGGUCCUGGCGGUCCUGGCGCUGAGGACCCGAUGAUGCAAAUGAUGCUCAACAUGCUCGGCGGUGGCGGUGGAGCUCCCGGUGCAGGCGGCGCCGGCAUGCCACCUUUUCCAGGAGGAGGGUUUCCCGGCAUGCCCAGUAUGGGCGGCAUGAUGCCUCCCGGAAUGGGCGGUAUGGGCCAGCAAGGAGUCCCACCUACCAUGGCAGUCCCCGACCGGUACUCCUCUCUGUGGCGACUGCUACACACGGCCGUGGCGCUCGGUCUCGGCCUCUACAUUGCGUUGUGCACCUCGUUCAGCGGCAGCAAAGUCGACAGGGACAGCAAGAACAUUCUCACUGGCAACAGGCACCACCACGCGGGGGCGGGGGAUCAGGUGGCUGUGGGCUAUGAUACGGAUUCGGCGAGACGGUUCUUCUAUGCGUUUGCUACGGCUGAGGCGCUCCUGCUGACGACGCGCUUCUUUUUGGAGAAGGGUUUGGGAAAAAGUCCGGCGGGCGGCGCUUUUGGUGGUGGUAUGUUGGGCAUGGCGGCCGGGUUCUUGCCACAGCCGUGGAAGGGGUAUCUGGAGAUUGGGCUGAGGUAUGGACAGAUAUUCAGCACGGUCAAGGCGGAUAUUCUCGUUUGUAUCUUUGUGCUUGGGGUCUGCUCUUGGUGGAGGUCGUAGGCUCGGUUCCAAGGGACGCAGAGAAGAAGAUGUUUCAGAAUGCUUAUUUCAACUGGUUUCGGACAUAAUGGGACGGGUUAUAAAGGGAUUGCUUAAGCAUAAUCUACAUGUGGUUUUGCGAAGAAUAAUGGCGCCGAAUAUCUUAAAGAAGGCUAAGGGAAGGAGGUGCUCGUUUUCUGUAUCAGUGUCCCAUUUCCACAUAAUUAUCCCGUCGAAACAUGAAGGGUUUGGGGAAAGUUAGCAAGACAAUGUCCGGACUCUUCCACAGAGUACUUACGACAGUCAAAACUACCGCCAGUCACUGGCAGGAGUCAUCAUGAU